GUUAGUAAGACCUUGUCGAACACUCAUGAACAUUUGGAUCUUUGUGCUGUUUGUGUCUUCAAAGUGUAGAAAAAUCUUUUAUUCUUUGCAUAAAUCUUUUAUUUUGAUGGAAAUUUCUAAAAUUUAAGUAACACGAAGUGAAGUUAAAUUUUUGUGAAGUAAAUUUUGUGGUGUAAAUUUUACAGAAUGGACCAAGAAAUGGACAUAGCUAAUGAAAGCGAAAUAAACAGGUUGCAAUGGCAAGACUAUCUUGUGAUUGGCGGAGUUAUGUCGAUCUCUGUCUUUAUCGGACUCUACUAUCGAUUCAGCGGUGGUCGACAACGUACUGCAACGGAGUACUUUACUGCGGACAAUUCAUUAGGUAUUUUACCCCUCUCGAUCGCCAUGAUGGCCUCCCAUGUAUCAGGAAUUACCAUGCUCGGAAUGAGCGGGGACGCUUACAUUCGCGGCCUAAUCGUUGUAUUAUUCUAUACUACCGGCAUUUUCAUCGUACCAAUCAUAACCUUUUUUUACCUACCAGUCUUCUUCGAGAUGAAGGUCGUAAGCAUUUAUGAGUAUCUAGAAAAGCGAUUUGGGUUGUACCUGCGAUUGCUUGUAAGCGCGGCUAAUUUCUUCGAGACAAUGUUAUUGACCGGAGUGAUGCUGUACGCUCCUUCGUUAGCUCUCGAGGCUACCACAGGCUUGUCUAGUAUUAUGAGCAUUUUGAUACUCGCUGUAAUCUGUACCUUCUAUUCCACAUUGGGUGGCAUCAAAGCGGUUUUGAUCACUGACAUCUUCCAGGGUUUACUUAUGCUAGUCGCUCUGUCUAUCAUCGUUUUCGUUAUCGCCCAGAACAUCGAUGGAGGACUCGUUGGCAUUUGGAAUAUCGCGCAAGAGGCACAUCGUAUAAAUUUCUCAGAAGUGAAUAUAGAUCCAACUGUGCAAUACACAUGGUGGAGUCUUUUGCUUGGAGGAGGAUCGAUAACUCUAGCCUAUAUUGCGGUGAAUCAGGUGCAAGUUCAACGUUUAAUGACCGUUAAAAACGUAAAAGUGGCCACGCAUGCGCUGUUUCUGUGUGGUCCGUUCAUCUUAUUGAUAGGCUUUUUAACAUGCUUCGUCGGAGUGGCACUUUUUGCGGUCUACAAAGAUUGCGAUCCCGUAGCCUCCGGAAAAAUUUCGACAUACGACAAAUUAUUGCCUUACUUCAGCGUGAUGAACUUACCACCCGGAUUGGUCGGUCUCAUUGUUUCCGGUGUCUUUAGCGCCAGCCUAAGUACGAUCUCCGCUAUGAUGAAUUCGUUAGCCGCGGUAGCGCUCGAGGAUUAUGUGAAGCCACUACAUCGAAAAUUUGGAAUAGAGUUUUCUGACGAAAAGGCCACCUUCACAGCUAAGGCUCUUACCGUUUCAAAUGGCGUUUUUUGCAUGUUUUUGGCAAUAAUGGCGAAAACAAUGGGCUCGAUAGUCCCCUUUGCCAUGAGCAUUCACGGAGCUAUCGGCGGACCGAUUUUAGGUAUUUUUACCCUCGGAAUGAUCAGCGAGAGAGCUAACGAGGUGGGAACUAUUAUUGGCAUGAUUACGGCGCUGAGCGUUAGCUUGUGGGCAACUUUCGGGCAACCUAAACCACCAAUUCCGCAGUUACCGGUGUCGAUCGAAGGUUGCGCGAAUUCUACAGCAUUAAUGCUCGCUCAACAAAUGAAUUUUAACAGUACCGUACAACCAGAUCAAUCAUCGUACUUUUAUUUGUAUCGCAUCUCCUAUUUAUGGUACAACCCUAUUGGACUCACGAUUACGCUGACAGUUGGAUAUGUGGCGAGUAUUAUAGUUCGACUUAUCCAAGGCGGAAACGAUAUCGAACACGAUCCAAGUUUGUUUAUGCCAAUCGUGGCCAGAAGAAUCAAACGGCGACGUCAGGACGCACAAAAAACUACGAACAGUCAACUCUUCGUUUUAGAACCUAGCCGUAUAAGAUAAAGCUAAUUAAAUUUAAAAUGCAUUAUAUUACCUCAUCCAAUCAAUUAACAGGCUAAUCCAAUGAUCAGUACGCUAUAAGAAUAAUUGACUGACUAUUAUAAAUAAGUUAUUAUACUUAUUGUAAUAUUCAGUUGAUGUUUAGUUGAUUAUAAUCAACUAUUAAUACAUAUAUUUAAACAUAUUAUACAUAUUAAUA